CAUUUGAAGAUACAUUCACACAUUUCUUUGGUGCACUAUAAAUCUAGCUAAUUUCCAAAGUACAUCUGUUCAAUGCCUACAGAAGCUGCGGAUCAAACCGCAAGUCUAACUCUGCGGAAGAAUGAGAGCGAUACUGUGGAAGAGGAAGCAUCCCUGGCCGCUACGGGAGUAGCUAAAGAAAAGUCAACAACUACCAAAGGUUCAGAUGGGUCCAAUACAUAUGAAGGACUGUUUGAAGGUGAAGUUAAACUUAGAGAUGUCUUUGAAGCUAAGCCAAAAACUUUUAAUGACAAAUGGCAGCUUUUUCUUUACAACAAGGGGAUGGGACCAAUGCCUUUAUUCAUGAAGAACAUUUAUCUUAGAACUAAGAGACAGAUUUAUGUUAACCAAAAUCUACCAGAAGAAUUAUGUGACUCAAAUGGGAACCCUCUUAUAACAUACCCAAGAAACAAAAUUAGAACAACAAAGUAUACCCCAAUUUCAUUUUUACCAAAGAACAUUCUUUUUCAAUUUACGAAUAUCGCAAACUUCUAUUUCCUUAUUUUAGUUAUCUUGGGUGCAUUUCAAAUUUUUGGAGUCGCUAGUCCUGGGAUGGCUGCUGUUCCAUUGAUUGUUAUCGUGUGUAUCACUGCCGUCAAAGAUGCAUUUGAAGAUUAUAAGAGAGCUGAUUCAGACUCGGAUUUGAAUAAUUCACCUAUUCAUUUAUUGAAUGGAUUGCCUAAUAGCAACGUUUUAGAAAAUUAUGUUAGUGGAUGGCGUAAAUUCAAGAAACAAUGUACUCGUAUUACCAAAGCAACAACUCGAGGUGUGAAGAAGGGGGCAAUUUUCACUUUUGGAAAGAGACUGCAAAAGGAUCAAAUUAUACGCGAGGAAGCAGCUGAAGAUGAGUAUGCUCUUCGUAGGGUUUCAACUGUUGUUUCUGACUAUUCUUACAGACCAUCGACUACUAGACCUCCUACUAUGGGUAGACCAUCCACUGCUAGUAGACGGUUACCUCUUUCACAACCACUACCAAAUACGCUUUUGAAUCCAGUAUUACAAAAGCAACAUGUAGAGGAUGUCUCGGGUGAACGUACUAGAUUUAAGAAUCGGAGAUGGAAGGAUGUUUCAGUUGGUGAUAUUAUUAGAGUGAGGGCUAACGAGGAAAUUCCUGCUGAUGUUAUCAUUAUUUCCACGUCUGACAUUGAAGGUGGUUGUUAUAUUGAAACCAAAAACUUGGAUGGUGAAUCAAACUUGAAGAAUAAAAAUGCUCUUCGUUGUGGUGGUUCGGGAAAUCUCAAACAUUCUAGUGAUUUAGGUGCUGUCAAAUUCUGGGUAGAAUGUGAUGCCCCCAAUGGUUCCCUUUAUACAUUUAAGGGAACUGUUCACUAUGAAAAUUACAGUGAGACUGGGGAAUUAAUCAAUGCGGAUGAAAGAGAAGCAGUGACUGCUGAUAAUGUCUUGUUGCGUGGUUCUACUUUAAGAAACACUAAGCAAAUUAUUGGGUUGGUUAUCUACACUGGUGAUGAGACUAAGAUCAUGAUCAACUCUGGUAUUACACCAACUAAGCAAUCCCGUAUCUCAAGAGAGUUAAACUUAUCAGUUAUUAUCAACUUUUUACUUUUGUUCGUUUUGUGUUUUGUGUCUGGUUUGCUUAAUGGAUUGUAUUAUAACGUCAAGGAUAAUUCUCGAAUUUUCUAUGAGUUUAAGCCAUAUGGAUCAAGUGAUGCAUCCCGUGGUGUUAUUGCAUUUUUUGUUGCUUUAAUUAUUUAUCAAUCUUUGGUUCCGAUUUCCCUUUAUAUUUCGGUUGAAAUUAUCAAAACUUUGCAAGCUCUUUUCAUUUACCUGGAUGUGAAAAUGUACUAUGAAAGAUUAGAUUUCCCUUGUGUCCCAAAAUCUUGGAAUAUCUCUGACGACUUAGGUCAAAUUGAGUAUGUAUUCAGUGAUAAAACCGGUACAUUGACUCAGAAUGUUAUGGAGUUUAAAAAAUGUACUGUUAAUGGUGUAGCAUAUGGUCUAGCAUACACGGAAGCGAAGCAAGGUUUAGAUAAAAGAGAUGGCCUUGAUCCGGUAGUCGAACUGGAAAAGUGGAAGAAACGGAUUGAAGCUGAUAAAGAAGAUAUGAUUUCAAAGUUGCAAAAUCAUAUUCAUGGUGAUCAAUUAAGAUCUAACCUUGUUACUUUUUGUUCCAGUCAAUAUGUGAAAGAUACGAUCGUUCCAAAUGAAAUCAAAGUACAACAAAAGUCUGCAAAUGAAUCAUUCAUGCUUGCUCUUGCAUUAUGUCAUACAGUGGUUACUGAAGAGAAUCCUGAAGACCCUCUGUUGCGUGAUUUUAAAGCGGAAUCCCCUGAUGAAGCGGCUUUAGUUGCCGUUGCACGUGACGUUGGAAUCGUUUUUAAAGAAAGACUUCGUAAAUCCUUGAUUGUAGAAAUUUAUGGUACACCUCAAGAAUAUCAUGUUCUUGAAACCAUAGCAUUUACAUCAGCAAGAAAAAGAAUGUCUAGCAUUAUCAGAGCUCCAGAUGGUAAAGUAUACCUCAUUACCAAAGGUGCUGAUAAUGUUAUUUUCCUGAGAUUAGCAUCAAAUAAUGAUGAAGACAUGGUACGAAAGACUGCCUUACAUUUGGAGGGUUUUGCAAACGAAGGGUUAAGAACAUUAUGCAUUGCUCAAAAGGAAUUGGACAACGAGUAUGCAGAAGAAUGGCUUCGUAAAUAUAAAGCAGCCAAUGAAUCAAUUUCUGAUAACCGUGACUUGGAGAUUGAGAGAUUAGAUGAUGAAUUAGAACAAAAUUUACAACUCUUAGGAGGGACUGCAAUUGAAGAUAGGCUUCAAGAUGGGGUUCCAGACUCCAUUUCUGUCUUGGGUGAUGCAGGUAUCAAAUUGUGGGUUUUAACUGGUGAUAGAAUUGAAACUGCAAUCAAUAUUGGAUUCUCGUGUAAUUUAUUGGAAACUACAAUGCUGUUGCUUGUAGUACGUCCGGAUGAGAAUGAUAUGGAGAAUGAGCAAUUCGUUGAAUCAUUGGUAACAAAGCAUCUUCAAGAAAACUUUGAUUUUGAUGAUGAUUUAAGUGAAAAUGUACUUGAUGAGAUGCUUGAAAAGGCAAAGAAUGACCACUCGACACCGUCUGGAAAGUACGCUCUUAUUAUUGAUGGUGCUGCUCUUUCCCUUAUAUAUUCGGGAGCUGAAGAUGCUAAGAAACAAAAAGUUUCUUCCACCUUACAGAAGAAGUUUUUACUCUUGGGUAAACAAUGUAAGUCAGUCCUUUGUUGUCGUGUUUCUCCGUCGCAAAAGGCCCAAGUGGUUAAAAUGGUUCGUGAUUCCUUACAAGUGAUGACCCUUGCUAUUGGUGACGGUGCCAACGAUGUUGCUAUGAUUCAAGCAGCAAAUGUUGGUGUGGGUAUUGCAGGAGAAGAAGGAAGACAGGCAGUGAUGUCCUCAGAUUACGCCAUUGGGCAAUUCCGGUUUUUAACACGUUUACUCUUAGUUCAUGGGCGUUGGUCAUACAAAAGGUUGGCUGAAAUGGUCCCUUGUUUCUUUUAUAAGAAUGUUGUGUUCACCUUGACUUGUUUCUGGUUUGGUAUCUAUAACAACUUUGAUGGUUCAUAUCUUUAUGAGUACACCUACUUGAUGUUCUAUAAUUUGGCAUUUACAUCUCUACCAGUUAUUUUCCUUGCGGUUUUAGACCAAGAUGUUUCAGAUACUGUUUCAUUAUUAGUGCCGCAAUUAUACAGAAGUGGUAUUUUAGGAUUGGAAUGGCUGCAGUACAAGUUUGCUUGGUAUAUGCUUGAUGGUCUCUAUCAAUCUGUUAUUGCAUUUUUCUUCCCAUAUUUGUUGUUUUACAAGUCAUUCCAAAGUCAUUUGGGGUUACAGAUAGAUCAUAGAUUCUGGAUUGGUGUCGUUUCUGCUUGUAUCUCGGUGACUGCUUGUAACUUUUAUGUGUUAUUGAAGCAAUACCGUUGGGAUUGGCUUACAUUGCUAAUUGAUGCUAUAUCCGUAUUAUUAGUCUUUUUCUGGACUGGUGUAUGGAGUGACCGUGUAUACGCUGGAGAAUUUUAUAAGGCUGGUUCUCAAACUUUGGGAACCUUGUCUUGUUGGUGUUGUAUUUUCAUUGGAAUCCUCUUGAGUGUCUUGCCUCGAUUCACUGCUGAUUUCUUGUUGAGGAAUUUCAAACCUGCCGAUAUUGAUAUUGUCAGGGAACAGGUUAGAAAUCAUAUAUAUGAUGGGUAUCCUGAAGGUUAUGAUCCUACUAAUAAGGAAGAUUUGGAAUUACAUCGUCUUGGCCUUGAUCAACCUACCCCUGACUCUCCCAAAAAUACUGAAGAUCUUGAAAAAAAUAAUACUCUGCCAGAAUCCAAUCCAAUUUCAAGAACUUUGAAAACGAUUAAGAGAAAAGCAACUCUUACAAGAAGUAAGGCUACUGAUUCCACGUUACAAUUACAACCAUCCAAUAUUGAGACUUUGCGCCAACAAUUAAUAAAUAAUGGCGAUUAUGAACAUUCGGGUGCAUCGUUGAAUAGAAUUAAUACAACGCAUGAACUUCCAGGAAUUACACAAGCAGAAACUUUGCUUUCCUAUCAUACUAGAAACAGUAUUCAACUCGACCGUCAAGUACGGUAAGACAAUUUCUUUCGCAUACAUUAAUUUUAUAGUAAUUAUUUCUUAUUUAUGAAUCUUUUUGUGUAAAAU